CAGGGUCACCAUGGGGUCACCAGGGUCACCACGGGGUCACCACGGGGUCACCAGGAGGUCAUGGGGACAUCAUGGGGACAUCACCGGGACACCAGGGGGUCACCAUGGGGUCACCAGGGUCACCAGGAGGUCACCAUGGGGUCACCAGGGUCACCAGGAGGUCAUGGGGACAUCACCGGGACACCAGGAGGUCACCACGGGGUCACCAGGAGGUCAUGGGGAUAUCAUGGGGACAUCACCGGGACACCAGGGGGUCACCAUGGGGUCACCAGGGUCACCAGGAGGUCACCAGGAGGUCAUGGGGCCAUCAUGGGGACACCAGGAGGUCACCACGGGGUCACCAGGGUCACCAUGGGGUCACCAUGGGGUCACCAGGGUCACCAGGAGGUCAUGGGGACAUCACGGGGACACCAGGGUCACCACGGGGUCACCAGGAGGUCAUGGGGACAUCACGGGGGCACCAGGAGGUCACCAUGGGGUCAUCAUGGGGUCACCAGGGUCACCAUGGGGUCACCAGGAGGUCAUGGGGACAUCAUGGGGACAUCACCGGGACACCAGGAGGUCACCAGGGUCACCACGGGGACACCAGGAGGUCACCAGGAGGUCAUGGGAACAUUGGGAACAUCUCGAUGGUCACCACAAUGACCAUGACCAAGAUGACCAUGACCAAGGUGACCAUGACCAUGUGACCAUGACCAAGAUGACCAUGGUGACCAUGACCAAGGUGACCAUGACAAUGACCAAGGUGACCACGAUGACCAUGACCAACCAUGGUGACCGUGUUCCUCACCUGUUGAGGGCCUUGCACAUCUCCAUGGUCACCACAAUGACCAUGGUGACCAUGACCAUGACCAAGGUGACCACGAUGACCUCGACCAUGGUGACCAUGACCAAGGUGACCAUGAUGACCAUGACCAACCAUGGUGACCGUGUUCCUCACCUGUUGAGGGCCUUGCACAUCUCCAUGGUCACCACAAUGACCAUGGUGACCAUGAUGACCAUGGUGACCAUGGUGACCAUGGUGACCAUGACCAUGACCAAGAUGACCAUGACAAUGACCAAGGUGACCAAG